UUCUCUGCUGCUCUCCUCCUCGGCCUCCUCCUGCCUUCCUCCAUGGCCGACAACAUUCUCUAUGGAGGCGACACGAUGAACACCGGCCAAUCCCUUACCCAAGGGGGCUAUACCUUCAUCAUACAGACCGACUGCAACCUGGUGCUUUACGACAGCGGCCGGGCCGUGUGGGCCUCCGGCACCAAUGGCCGAGGCCGCAAGUGCGUCCUCCGCAUGCAGACCGACGGCAACCUCGUCAUCUACGAUGGCAACAACAGGGCUGUUUGGGCGAGCAACACCAGCGGCCCACGGGGCAACUUCGUCCUCAUCCUUCAACGUGACCGCAACGUCGUCAUCUACGGCUGUCCUAGGUGGGCCACCAACACCGCCAAUUCCGAAGGCGUCCUGAUCGUCAAAAGCGGCCUGAACGAUACUAGCUUCACUCCGGAGGUGGUCGCACCAGCGGCCGAUGAACCUACGAACAGGAAGAUCGCCAUGGUGACUACGAAUCAUUAA